GGUGGGGCGUUUUGUCCCAUUACAUAGGUAGGGAGUGUAAGAUCGUUUUGAAUUGAAAGCUGUGAACCAAAUGGAGCAGUAUUUAAGUUGAAAUGAAAAACAACAAAUUUAAAUUGGAUUGCAGAGAGGCGCAGAAGCAGUGUACUGUAUGAAAUGACUGGAGGGACAGAUUUCCUGCCCGUCAAAUCUAUCUAAGGCGCUGUGGGCUGUAAAAAUAAAGCUAAGUUUUGGGUACUGACUAGCCCCUCUCCCUAUUGGCUAUUGCAUACCCACUAGAUUCAAAUGACUAUAGUGUGUCAUUGAGGAGAGAGCGAGAGAGAGAGAGAGAGAGAGAGAGGAGAGAAGUAAAUGGCAAUAUUUGCUCGGUAUUUUUUCUGGGUAAUGAGGAAGAGGACAUACUUAAGGAGUUAAGGCUGGUUUUUGUUCUAAGAGUAAUAGAAAAGAGUUUUGGGGUUAUAUUUGGAUCUAGGUUUUUUGUAGGGUUUAAGGGGGGGUGGUCUUAAGUCUUUAAAGAAAGAGGUAAAGACUGGCAACAGAGAAGGUGAGUGAGAGAUAAAAGCAAAAGACAUUGUCUUUCUCUCAUAUACACAGAUCCCUAUGGAAUGCAGGGUGUGCACCCCAGCAUCGCUUGCUCGAAUUCAUUCCUUUUGUUUAGUUUGAAGAGACCAGUUUUGUUCUCUUUAAAGAGAGAAUUUUCGUGGGUGAUUGUAUAGAGUGAAGAGUUAUUGGGAAGGGAAAAUUUUCUUGCAAUGAGUUCCUGCUGCUAGAAAACAAAAAGCCAAGCUUUCAUAUGGAGGGAGGCAAGAGAUUUCGGGUAUGAUUAGUUUAUUUCCUUGCUAAUGAUUGAAUUGCCUUGUAGCAAGUGAGGAACCUCUGUGAGUAAGAAAAGGGAGAGAGAGAGAGAGAGAGAGAGAGUAAGAAAGGGGAAGAAGAUGAAAUCGAUGAAUGAUAAUAACAAUGGAAGCAAUAAUAACUGGCUGGGAUUCUCUCUCUCACCCCACAUGAAAAUGGAGGUUGCUUCUGACCCCCAACAUCAUCAUCACCAGUACCAUCAUGAAUCCCAGACUCCUUCUUCUGCUGCUGUUGCUGUUUCUAGUGCUGUUCCAACAGGCUUCUAUGUGUCCUCUUCUCACUUCAACAGCCCUGGAAUCUGUUAUGGGGUUGGAGAAAAUGUUGGCUUUCACUCUCCUUUGUCUGUUAUGCCACUCAAGUCUGAUGGCUCACUUUGUAUUAUGGAAGCUCUAACUAGAUCACAACCUGAAGGGAUGGUGCCAAGUUCAUCACCAAAGCUAGAGGACUUUCUGGGUGGUGCAACUAUGGAAACUCAGCAGUACGGCAGCCACGAAAGGGAAACAAUGGCCUUAAGCCUGGACAGCAUGUAUUAUCAUCAAAACACAGAGCCAGAAACUAACAGGCAAACUUCUGUUGAGCUUCAUGAACCCUAUAGGCACCAAGACCAACAGUUCCCGGUUCAAACUCAUCCAUAUUAUAGUGGAAUAGCAUGCCAUGGCAUGUACCAAACCUCACUAGAGGAAGCAACCAAGGAUGCCCAACUUACUGAUUGUGAUUCCCAGAUCCCUCAAAUGGCGGAUGAUGGCAUGCCUUGCUUAAAGAGCUGGGUUGAUAGACAAUAUUCCACCCAUAAUGCACUGGAGCAGCAACUUAAUAGCACCAUGGUUGAUGAUGGAGGAGCUACAGGAUCCAUUGGUCCUAUGGGUUGUGGGGAUUUACAGUCUCUUAGCCUGUCCAUGAGCCCUGGUUCUCAGUCAAGUUGUGUUACAGCGCCCAGACAGAUCUCUUCGCCUACUGGCACUGAAUGUAUGGCCAUGGAAACAAAGAAGAGAGGGCCCGCAAAAGUGGGUCAAAAGCAGCCUGUUCAUAGGAAGUCCAUUGACACAUUUGGGCAAAGAACAUCACAAUAUAGAGGUGUUACCAGGCAUAGAUGGACGGGUAGAUAUGAAGCCCAUCUCUGGGAUAAUAGUUGCAAGAAGGAGGGACAGACCAGGAAAGGAAGGCAAGUUUAUCUGGGGGGGUAUGAUAUGGAAGAGAAAGCUGCAAGGGCUUAUGAUCUUGCUGCCCUUAAGUACUGGGGACCUUCUACACACAUUAAUUUUCCGUUGGAAAAUUACCAGGAAGAACUUGAAGAGAUGAAGAAUAUGAGCCGACAGGAAUACGUUGCGCAUUUACGAAGGAAAAGUAGUGGGUUCUCCAGGGGGGCCUCAAUGUACAGAGGAGUAACAAGACAUCACCAGCAUGGAAGAUGGCAAGCAAGGAUAGGCAGGGUUGCAGGAAACAAGGACCUUUAUCUCGGGACGUUCAGCACCCAAGAGGAAGCUGCUGAAGCUUAUGAUAUUGCUGCAAUCAAGUUUAGGGGAGUUAAUGCUGUGACUAACUUUGACAUAACAAGAUAUGAUGUUGAGAGGAUCAUGGCAAGCAACACUCUACUAGCAGGAGAUCUAGCCAGGAGAAACAAGGAGACUGAGACGAGUAAUGGGGCAAUUGAAUAUAACGCACCAGCACAAAACGGUGGUGAAGCCAUACAGCUUCCAAAUAGCCAUGCCAAUGGCUCAGAUUGGAAAGUGGUUUUGUACGAUUCACCACAGCAGCCACAGCCCAAUGCCUGUGUUGAUUCCCUUGAUCAGAAUUCCAUAAGUGUGGGGAACUAUCGCAGUUCCUCUUUUUCAAUGGCAAUGCAAGAUAUUAUCGGUAUUGAUUCAGUAAACUCUAGCCAGCCAAUGGUGGAUGAAUCAGCCACAAGACUAGGGACUCAUUCCUCAAAUACAUCAUCAUUGGUGACCAGUUUGAGCAGCUCAAGAGAAGCUAGCCCGGACAAAACAGGCACCACAAUGCUGUUUGCUAAGCCUCCACUGGCAUCAAAGUUCGUUACCCCUACAAAUGGUGUUAAUCCUUGGUUCCAAACAGCAGUACAGCUGAGGCCAGCAGCAAUCUCCAUGUCUCACUUGCCAGUUUUUGCAGCUUGGAAUGAUACCUAAAAAAAACCUUCGUGUUUUGUUUAAACAGGUGAAAUUUUUUGCAUGGACAAGGGAAAAAAAGGGGGCGAAGUAGAACUUUUCAUUAUGUUAAUCUUUUAGGUUAGUGGAGAAAAUUGUGGGAUCAAUGAAAAUUCAAUGGUGGGGGUCAAUGUCAAUUAUCCUUGUCCUGUCUAUAAUCUAAAUGUAUGAAACUUUUGGCACAUAUGGAGCUUUUGGCUCAUUGGAAUGAAAGGUUUUGCAAAAUGUAGGGAAGGGAUUAAUGAUUAAA